UUUUCUUGUGGAAAACACCUUGCUCCAUUAAGUCUCCUUCCGAAUUUUCUUCUUUGACUGCAGCUCUCUUUUUUAUUUUUUCUACCCAACCCCCAAAUUUGCUCCAGUUCUUUUUUUAAUAUAAUAUAUAUUUUUCUCUAAUUCUAAAUCAUGUGAAAUAAAGUUUGUUUUGAAAUCAAUUUUUGCUUUCUUGUUGAGAAAGCUUUUUUUUUUUAUCAUAAAGAAAAAAAAGAGAAUUUUUUUAUCAUCAAGAGAGAUGACAGUGGCGGCGAAAGCUGCGACGACUGGUUCAUGUUUUGGCGAGGAUCAAGUGUGGCCACCGGGGUUUAGGUUUCACCCAACUGACGAAGAGCUGGUUCUUUAUUAUUUAAAGAGAAAGAUCUGUAGAAGAAAGCUCAAGCUUGAUAUCAUAAGGGAAACUGAUGUUUACAAGUGGGAUCCUGAGGAGUUGCCUGCACAAUCAAUACUGAAGUCUGGAGAUAGACAAUGGUUCUUCUUCAGUCCAAGAGACAGGAAAUAUCCUAAUGCAGCAAGGUCAAACAGGGCAACUGGACACGGGUAUUGGAAGGCAACAGGAAAGGAUCGUACUGUUACCUGUAAUUCUCGGACAGUUGGAGUCAAGAAAACGUUGGUUUUCUACAGAGGGCGUGCACCUAUUGGUGAGCGAACUGAUUGGGUGAUGCAUGAGUAUACCCUUGAUGAAGAGGAGCUCAAGAGAUGCCAGAACGUAAAGGACUAUUAUGCUCUUUAUAAGUUGUACAAAAAAAGUGGACCUGGCCCUAAAAACGGAGAGCAGUAUGGGGCACCAUUUAAAGAGGAAGAAUGGGCUGAUGAGGAAUAUGCUAGUAAAGCGGUAGAUGUAAUCACCCCUGUCAAACAUCCAAAUGAGGCCUUUCCUGAUGACGUCGAAAAAGCUAAAAAUCAAAUUCAAUCGCCAUUGAAUGAUAUUGAAGAGUUUAUGAGGCAAUUCGCUGCUGAGCCUGCACUUCCCCAGCCACAAGCUCAUUUUGACAAUAUAUUGCCUCGGCUUGCUGGUGAAGAAGAGAUACAAAGUACUUUGCUGGACACAUCUCCGAGGGAUGUACUCCUUCCUAAGCCAGUUGAGGUUGUACAUGACCAUGCAAGCUUUGAACUCUCCCAGUCACCUACAUCUCGUUUGCAGUUGCAAGAGGCACCUGAGGACGCAUCUGUUUCUGAUCAAUUUGAACAAAUUCCACAAAUAUGUGAAGAGGACUUCCUGGAAAUUGAUGAUCUCACCUCCAAUGUUGAGAAACCUGCGGAGAAUGGGCUGCAGUUCAAUGACUGGGAUGGACUGGGUGAAUUUGAUCUCUACCAUGAUGCUGCAAUGUUUCUACAGGACAUUGGACCUAUUGAACAAGGAAUAGUUCCAUUCUCAUAUACUGAAAAUAUGAUAAAUCAGGUAAGUUACCCAUUGGAACCGCAAUUGCAACACCAAUCAAAUACCUAUCAUAUGGAUCAAGAACUACAGUUCCAAUUGAAUGGCACUGGUGUUGAUGAGCAGUUGCAGCUUCAAUCGAAUGCCUUUGGGAAUAAUCAACAGGUGCAGUCUCAAUUGAAUACAAUCGGUGAUAAUCAGCCUCAAUUGAAUGCCUUCGAGGAUGGUAUAUUAAAUCAGGUCGGUUAUCAAUUUCAUUCCUCUGCAAAUAACAUGAUGGAUCAGCAAUUGGUACCCAAUUCAACUGUGGAUCAGGUGGAUUACCAUUUGCCAUUCCAGUCUUUUGGAAACGAGAUGGAGCGACAGCUCCAAAUGGAUCAGAUCAAUGGUUCAAUUUGGAUAAAUGAUCAGAGUGGUGAUGUCUUUACUCCAUCAGGAUCGAAUCUUGGGAAUGCCUCUUCAAGUUCAGGUUUGGUGUACAAUGGUAAUAAUCAAGAUGAAGGUGACAAAAACGGCGAGGGUGCAAGCCGAUUUUCUACUGCAGUGUGGUCAUUUGUGGAUUCAAUACCUACUACUCCUGCUUCUGCAUCUGAGAGUCCUUCGGUAAACCGGGCCUUUGAGCGAAUGUCUAGCUUCAGUAGGUUGAGAAUGAAUGUUAGAAACACCAAUGCGUUGACAGUCAAUGGUGGCACAACUGCUCGGAGGAGAAGCAGGAAUAAGGGGUUCUUUUUCUUUUCUAUUUUAGGUGCAUUGUGUGCCAUAUUAUGGUUUCUGAUAGGGAUGGUUAGGGUCGUAAGGAGUUCGAUCUCCUCAUGAAGAUAUAAUGAAGAAGUGUUAGCAGAAGGAAAGCAUAAUAGGGAAAAGUAUGAACUGAAGCAGUCAGUCAAGCAAAUUUUGCUCCCUUGUGCGGCCAGCUAACUACUAUGAUACAGCAUCUUUAUCUUUAACAUAGGUAAUUAAAUUGUUUGGAUAUGGCAUGGCAUCCUUGGGGAAGAGAUGUUAAUUGUCUGUAAUUGAUAGAGAUCUGGUGUACUGCCUCGAGAAAUAUAGGAGAUAUUAUGUUUGGUUUAGGUCGGACCAGUUGGUUUGGCCUGUAAA